GAGUGAAAUUGCAUGUCUUCGCCAAACAACAAACCGCCCAACCCGUUCCUCUUUCUUGGUAUCUCCGUGCUUUCCUUCGGAGCCUUCUACUAUAUCGCCAAACAUCGCGCUGCUACAUACCCAGCUUCUAAGCAGCCCAGACAGCGCGAUAGCCCUUUCAUUCCGCCCAUUCACCCCAAGGAAGAGUCUGAGUCCGAUUCAAGUUCAAAGUAGAUCUGAUUAGUAUACCAUAACUAUGCCUGCUAUCAUAGACAAGAUUGCAGAAGCCUUGCACCUGAAGGAACAUAAUUCUGAAGAACCCAAACCCGCAGAGGACAGUACAGCGGCCGAUGAUGCAAUCACCUCGACGGAAGUAGAGUCUGCCUACCACAAGCCAGCGUUUGAAUCGUCCAAAGUUCCUGUUAUCUUCGUGCUCGGUGGGCCUGGAGCUGGAAAGGGUACACAAUGUGCAAACCUUGUCGAGGACUUUGAUUUCUGCCAUCUUUCGGCGGGUGAUUUGCUCCGAGCUGAGCAGAACCGCCCUGGAUCUGCUUAUGGAGACUUGAUUCGUACUUACAUAAAGGAAGGUCAGAUUGUCCCAAUGGAGAUAACAGUCAAACUACUUGAGAACGCGAUGCGUGCCGCAUUGGAGGAAGGCCGAACAGGCGAGGGUUGGCAAGUUGGCCACGGUCGGUUCCUAAUUGACGGUUUUCCUCGUAAGAUGGACCAAGCUAUUAUGUUUGACGAUGCGGUCUGCAAAUCUUCACUUGUCCUGUUCUUCACGACCACGGAGGAGGAGAUGCUGAAACGUCUUCUCAAACGGGCUGAAACAAGCGGCCGUGAAGAUGACAACGAGGCAAGCAUCAAGAAGCGAUUCCGUGUCUAUAAGGAGGAGACUAUGCCUGUAAUCGAGUAUUACAGUAAGCAGGGUAAAGUGGCAACUGUGCGUGACAAAGUUCUCCGUUCAUCUCCAUGGAUAUCUACCAAGGUCUUGUCGAUAGAUUGAUGCCACUGCAUCCGUUGAAGAAGUACACGAGAAGGCUAAAGCGGUCGUGGAGGAGCUAUUCGCUGGCGAGCUUAGUCAGAACGUGACCGCUUAAUCCGACCACAACUACAUAACACAUGUAUAUUCUAUACCGUACAGGGCUUCAUCUAGAUAUCCAACUUCACUUGCACGAGUUCUCACUUCUUCCUAAUCUUCUAUCAAGAAUUAUGUUCUGAAAAAAACAUCACGGCUCAUGCGAAUAUAGACAACUGAGUUCCGUGUAUAUUUCCCGAAAUUGAUGUAGUGGCCUUACCACCCGCCUCGAUAUUGAAGAUCUCGCCAUCAACACAUACGAAACGUGCAUGUUCAUCGUCCCGAUCCUGUAACGAAGUUGUCAAUCAGGUUUCUACUUCCGUAAC